AUGCCUAACGUCUCGCAGCCGGCCCUUGCCGGAUUAUCAGCACUCGAAAGACUACCGGUGGAAAUCAUCCAAGAAAUCUUCCUCCACUGUCUCGAAGUUAAUCUCCCGCGAGCCUCCAUACACAUCUCCCGGGCUCUUUCCAACACAGUCCUGUACACAUGGGUCACUCGCUAUGUCUUCAGCAGCACCAACGAAAGCUCAAGACAAGACUUCUUCACGCCUGAUUUUCUUCCCUGGCCUCUUGAUGUUUUUGCACUCUCUCCCAAUGAAAGGAGAGACCUGCAAAACGUCAUCCUCAGUUGUCGCUGGUGUACACUACCUUUGAUCCGCAAAUGCCAGAGGGAAUACAUAGAGCAUACGAUCCGCCGCAAAUGUCUGCAGCUAGACUUAUCACCUGGAGACCGCCAGGUCCUCAUCAAUAUUGGCGAGCAAUUCGACAAAGAUUUACCUCUUAUGCCUGAUGAAACACCCCAUGCUCAUCGCGGAAAAGGCGACCUGAUCCUCAAAGCCAAAAUCCCAAAGUCAGAUGUGGACUGCAAAGUUGCAGUGUGGUUCAAUGCUGGCGCGGUCCAGAUCCGUCCAUCCAGCGAGAUAUACCAGGAGACUGACAUCUUCCGCCUACCAUGCUUCGCGGCCAAUCUACCAGUUCGGGUCCCGGACAAGCUACUUUUUCCUCCAUGGACUGAAUCUAAGCUGGACUUCCUCGAGUUGCUCUCGAUGGACGGCUAUCUUGACGAGGAUCCCGAGCAUCCGCGGGCGAAGCGGAUCCUUCGACAGACGAUUCGAGACCGUGACCUCGCAACGUUUAAGCGAUUGCUGAGCAUGCGUAUUCGUGUGCCGUGGUACAAGUACCCCAUUCGGUGGCCGGUUCUUCCAAAUCACUUCUACGUGGCUUUGAAGUAUGCGGAUGAGGUGAAGGACCCUUUCGUCAGGUUGCUGGUGAGUCAGCGAUGGGAGGAUAUCCCAUCCGACGACUUUCAGCUCAAGGAUCAAUUGAUGGCUAAACUUGGGACAGGCAUCUCGGGAUAA